AAGAAGCAGGCUCUUCAGCGAGGUGUCGUUUUGUGCUCAUCUCCUCCUGCUAAAAUGACUUCAAUUCACGCCCUGAGGGAGUUUAUCGGCGAGAGGCUGACCGUUGCUGCUGGAGAAAUCUUCACCGUGUUUGAACACAUCAUCCUCCAGUACGAGCAGGAGAUUCUCCGUCAGCAGCUUCCACAGGACCGUGACUGCAGGGAGGAGCAGCUCUUUAAUGAGGAAACAAACUACUGUCUGGAGCAGGAAGAACCAGAACCUCCAGAGACCGAAGACGGACAAGAAGAAACAGAACUGCCACAGUUUAAUGAGGACUUUGAGGAACCAGAACCUUCACAGAAUGAAGUGGAACAUCAAGAAUUUGGACUUCUACACGCUGAAGAGGCCCAGGAGGAACCAGAACCGUCACCGACUGAGGAGCACAAGGAACCUGGAACCGGCCAGGAGGGAGAGCAGCAUCUGCUGUUUGACAGUGAUGUCUUUAAAGUUCCUUCUGUUGAGGACCAAAGUUACCCGAGUGAACCAGUAGAAGAACAACACACUGAGCAGUUCCUCUCUCAGGACUCUGAAGUCCACGUCCCGAAACACUGGUUUGACUCAGAAUCAGGUGUAAAUCCAGAGCUGAACAAAACAAACAUCUUUGAUCGUGAGUUUGAGAACGGUGUUCCUGAGGCAGAGAAGCAGCCUGAACGUCAAAAAUACCCCUGUAACAUCUGUGGCAAAAGUUUCACCCGUCAGGCGACUUUGUCGGUCCACGUGAGAACUCACACAGGUGAGAGGCCGUACUCUUGUGAAACAUGCGGGAAAAGUUUCUGUCAUAAAAAAUCAUUGCUGUACCACAUGAGAACUCACACAAGUGAGAGGUCGUUUGCUUGUGAAACAUGUGGGAAAAGUUUCAUCCAGCAGAGUAAUCUGGUGGCCCACAGGAAAACUCACGCAGCUCAGAAACUGUAUUCUUGUGAAAUAUGUUUGAAAGGUUUCGGUCGACAUGAUGCUUUGUCGCGCCACAUGAAAACUCACACAGGUGAGAAGCCAUUUUUUUGUCAAAUGUGUGGGAGAACUUUCAGUCGACAGGAUUCUUUGUUGGUUCACAUGAGAACUCACAAAGAGGUGAAGGCAUGAAUGUCUCAAAGAAGUCCAUUCCUUUUUCUUUUUUUCCCCCCCAACGUUGUUGAUUUUUUUUUUGUACGUCUUGAGAAAUGUUGGAUGAACAGAUGUGAAGGAAUGGAAGUAAAAUGUUGAUA